AUGGCUGGCAAGCCGAGCAAGAUGCUCGAUGCCAAUCUGGGCCAUGGAGGACGGUCACGCUCGCCCUCGGCAUCGUCCGACAACGGCCUGCCUCCGUACGCCGACACGGCAUCCACGGUCCAAGACGACGUGAUACCCCCCGAGACGCUGCUCCUCGCGGGGACCACCAUCCACAGCACCGCCUCCAUCACAUCACCACCCCUCUACGAACUCUCCCUCGCCCUCGGCCACCUCACGCCAUCGCACCAGAAGGUCGAGCUCUCGCGCCUCGACUACCACGUCCGCCGCGCCGGCGCCAGCGCCGCUACAGCGGGCGAUCGGGGCCCCGAGGUUGCGGCGCGCCAAAAGCACCUGUACAACCUGUCGCGGCCGACGGCGAUCAUGCAGUCCAAUUUCCCCUUCUACCUCGAGUCCGUCCGGCGUAGCAACCUCGGCCACGUCGGGUUCAAAAAGCGCCACAAGAUGGCUGGCUCGACCGAGUACCGCGCCCUGCGCGUGACGCGGCCCAACGGGGUGGCGGGCGAGCUCAAGGGCGGCGACGUGCUCUUCUCGAUCAAGGCCACGGCGGCGGGCCGGUGGGAGUGGCGCGAGGGGGAGAAGGGCGGGCCGCUGCUGGCGUACGACACGUACGAGGACGGCAUCGUGCGGCUGCAGAUUGUCGAGCCCAUGGCGCAGAGUCGCAGGGACGCGCUCGUGGGGACGUGGUGUCUGCGGGUUUGGUGGGACCUUGUGGCGAGCAAGGAGCCGCUGUUGACGUGGGAGCAGGUCAAACCCCUCUUCGAGCCGGGAAUUCGGCAAUACGACUAA